UAAAUAGAAAAUCAUUUGGCUGAUUUUCGCAACUUAGAAAAGGAACGACAGAACAAUUUCCCUUUGUCUUCGGAAGAGAAAGGAAUCCCUUGCCAGCUGUAACUCUGUUUCGCUGCGUUUCAUUCUCAGCUUCCCCGUUCGUUCCCUUGAUUAUUCGAUUGAUCUUUCCCUUCCAAUGGCAACAGUCACUGACAACAAUAACGCCAACCCUGCACCGGAAAACCCUAACAAAACCCUAGACCCCACCUUACCAGAUCCAGUUCUUGUCGCCACGGAGGCUGCCGAAGAUACCGACGCCACGGAGGCUGCCGAAUCCAAGACUUCUCCGCCGCCCGAAGCCGGAAACGAUGCCCCGCUCUCUGAUAUUCAGAAGAAGAUUCGCCGCGCCGAGCGAUUCGGCAUUUCCGUCCAGCUCUCCGAGAAAGAGAAGCGCAAUUCCCGAGCCGAAAGGUUUGGCACUGCUCCCGCUUCUCAGGGAUCAGAGCCGUCAAAAUCUGAGGAGUUGAAGAGGAAGGCCAGGGCAGAGAGAUUUGGAAUGCCUAGUCCUACUACAGCUGCAGAUGAAGAGGCAAAGAAGAAAGCACGACUUGCUAGGUUUGCACCCGCUUCCAAAGUUGAUCCUCUAGAAGAAGAUAAAAGGAAAGCUAGAGCACUUAGGUUUGCGAAUUCAUCAUCAACUUCUAUAGCUAGUGGUAAUGGCGAAGGAAACAUUGAGCCGAAGGCUGCUAUUGCAGGCAAAGCUGGAGGAGGUACCUGAAUGACUGGUUGCGUAGUUAAUUGUAGGAAAUUUUCUUUUUUUAGUUUUUAGCAGUUCAAGAUUUGCAGACCAACCUCCACAUCAUUUCUACUUUUCAGCGUAUUAAUCCUGGACACGUCUUUAAUAUGUUUGCUGAUGCCUUUAGCUAUGAGAUAAAAGAGAUUCAAGUGAUCUGAAGAAACUUGUUUUCUAUUUUAGUAUUGGCUUCAUAGGUGACAGCUUUGGGGUAAUUUUGUCCAUCUUCAUUGGGUUACUUAUCUUAAAAUUUGCGGAAGUUUUGAAUUUUGGAAUCUACAGCUUAAAAGUCUAAUGAUCGAAGGUAUGCAGGAACAAAGCUUUUGAAAUUUCAUCCACCCUCUGUUUCUAAUGCAUUGCUUAUGAAAUUUGCCUUUGUCAUUGUGCCAGAAGGUAGUACCAGGUAGUUUUUUAAAUCCAACAUCAUGCUGAUCCAGUCUACUAUUUAGGAAAAUUAUGUUGCUUAAUAUGUCGUUGAGUAAUGAUGAUUGAAUAAGAAAAUAUGCCCUCAAAUAGAGGCAUGUGCGCUGGAUAAACUUGUUAUAUGCUGUUUACAUUUUUUGGGCAUUGUGGGGGAAGUGGGGGCUAGAGUUAGUUAAUAUGUCGUCAUUAGUAAUGUUUGAUUCACUUCUCUUCUAUGAUUUUCCAAUGGCUAUAGUAGUAAUUGCUCUUCAAUCCAGGAAGAGGGGGGGGGGAUCAUGGGAAUACUACUGUGGCUUGUGUGUGGAAUUACUUUUCUUGGAUCAGUGUUCUUUAACUUGUUAAUGUGUGUUUAUGCGUCAUUAGCCAUUUUUAGAUUUUCAUCGUGAUUAGAUCUUAUGAGAGUUGUAGCUAUUAAUGCACAUCGCAUGGAUUAGAAGCAUGUUUCUCGAGAAUGGAUCAAUGGAUUAUGUUUUGGUGCGUGUAGAUAUGUUAAUUUGUUUGGUCUAGAGCUAGUGCACAACUUUAAUGGAUCAGCUGAAUGUUAAAGCUCAAGUUCCUGGUAUUAUCUUCUGGCAUUCAAGAAAAAAAAUGAGGGUGAAUACUGGUAAGCUGAAUAUUCGAAGUGAAACCCUGAAGGCGAUGCUGGAUUGUGUAAACGUUUUAAUGGGUGUUUUAAAAAUGGGUUUAUUUUGAAGGCUGUGGCUUCCAAUUUUUAUCAUCUUUGUUGUUGCUUUAAGAUAAGUCAACCCGAUGAAGAUGUUUAGUAGUUUACUUGAUUGCCAUAAUUUAGAGUUGCACAUUUGUAGGGCUGGAUGUGGAGGGAACUCUUUACAUAUUGUUUUAAUAUCACUCCCUUGUAAUUUAUAUUUGAGCUUUUCGUAUGUUCCAAUGUUUGGAGGAUAAAGUAUUAUGCUAGCUAGUAUAAAUGAAUUCAACGACAAUUACAUAGUGCGAUA